UUAAUUGAUUAAAACCGAAUUAUCAAUAUAAAAGCGGUUCUUAAGACCCAAAAUCACCGUCACUAUUCCAACAAAGCAACAGCGAAGGUAAUUGAAGAAGCAGGCUAGGGUUUCCUUCGAAAAUGAUCUACGACGUCAAUUCUCCUCUCUUCCGCUCAUUCCUCAGCCAGAAGGGCGGCUCCUCCGACAAGAGGAAAUUGGAGGAGCAGAAGCCUAAGGAACAGAAACCCAAAGCAAGUGAGAAUAAGCCUGUCAUGACGGAGUGAUAGGUGCCCUUUGUUUAGUAUGCUUUAGGAUGGGAGAGGCUGGUGGAUGUUUUAAAAUGGUAGGAUAAUUGCUAUGAGAAUUCUGUUAUGUUUUGGUAUCGCAAAAUAGUUGUGGAUGUUUCGAAAUACUAUCAUAAUGGCUUUUCUCGUUUGAGGUGGAAUGAACUUGUUCUUAUCUGGCUUUCGAGUUUGUAAUUUUCUGUUGCUAUGGUGUUAUUUAAUAUUUAAGUUUGUGGUUGAAUA